GAGGCAGUAGUAGCAGUAGCCGGAGGCGCAGAUCAAAAAUGGCCCUCUCGAACAUGGUUUGGCAUGUGCCGUUUGGUAUACAGUUUUGGAUGAACAACACUUCGGAUGGCGGGCAUCGGAACCUAGAUACCUACCAUACCUACCUACUUACAUACCUUACUCUUCAUCUCAACUCACCCGUUCGGUUGCCCAUCCAGACGUCGUGUUGUCAUCAGAGCAAGGUAUUCACACAGCAAACCUUCAAAACAUUGUCCGUACUUCAAACGGGGGAUAUCCGCCACUCGAACGAGCGCGAGCGUACUUUGGGUUGCUUUUGUAUGUAUUGUUCAAACAACAUUCAGUGUGGAAUGGCAAUGGCUUUCAGCCAAGGCAACGCCCAAUGCAAAUACCUAGUGCGCGCCCACUCUCUUGGUCUCUCUCUCUCCCUCCCUCUCUCAACCCUUUUUGCCAUCCGGACGACAUCACCGCUUCUUUCCCCCCCUCUCCAGCAUGCAUGCCAGUCUCUUAGCCCCCCCUCUUCCUCUAUGGGCAUGACGAAAGAAACUAAAUCAGGAGAGACAUCAAUGCCGUAACCGAAAUGCCCCAAUCGCAAAACCACAGUAAACCAUACCGGAAAAGAAAAGAAAAAAAGCGCCUUCUCUUCUUUGUUUGUGCCUGCCUUGUAUGCUCUGGCUUUCCUCCC